ACCGAGCGCGACGAAGCGGAGCCGUGCCGAGCGGAGCGGUGACGCGGAGAGCGGAGUCGAGCCGAGCCGAGCGGAGCGGGACCGCGGGAGCGGGGGAGUCCAGUCUCGGAGUGUCCGGCCCUGACGCGAGACGUCGAUCGAUCCACGCACGCCGUGUCGUUUCGUACGUGAUAUAUACGCCGCGCGGAUUUCAUGAUGUAGCGCUAGGCGGUGAUCCCGGGUCAGGCAAGGAAGAUAGUCGCAGCUGACAGUCCGCGGAUAGUGAGCUCGACACGGUAAUCCGUCCAAUCCAAACUUCUCUCUGGCGGGGUGUCGCGCGAAGAAAGAGAAAGUUUCUCGCUUCCGUCUCCCGUCGGCCAUCCCGUGUGCUCCCGACGUCGUCGUCGUCGUCGUCGUCGCGGUCGCGCGCGCGUGCCACGGAAGCUACGCGCUCGGACGCUCCACGCUCCUACCUCCGGCGGCUCCGGCUCCGGGUGGCGGGUGACGGAACGUAGAACGGAGCGCGUGGAGCCCUCGCGGGGCCAGGUGUCGAAGCGCGAAUCAGCGGCGCGGCGGCGUCAAGAUGGCGUGUGCUACGGGCACAGCUGUUGUUUACCCACAAACCCGUGUGGAACGGGCCACUGGCUGCUGUCGCUGCUGAGACAGGAGCAGAGAGAGAGAGAGAGAGAGAGAGAGAGAGAGAGUGGAGAGCAGGAGAGCGCGUGGCACGACGCGACGCCUGGCUGCCCUGGCUCCCCGUCGUCGGGACUGGUCGGGGAGACGAAGACGAUGGGAGAUAUAUACUCGACGGAGUGAGCGGGUCGGAGUAACGGGGUAACUCGCGUGCGAGCGACGUGACGGCGACGUGACGGGAACGUGACAGCGACGACGUCGACGGCAACGACGACGACGACGACGACGACGGUGGCGGCGGUGGCGGCGGUGGAGGCGGCGACGGAGGCGACGGCGUUGGUGACAGUGCUGGUGGCGGCAGCGACGGCGGCGGCAGUGGUAGUGGUGGUGGUGGUGGUCGUGUUGGUUGUCGUGGUGGUGGUGGUGGUGGUGGUGCGUCGAGAAAAAAGCGGGACGCGCGAAAACGGACUCGAUGGAAGAGGGUAGCGGAACCCGCGGCGGCAGAGGUCACCGAGUCAGCGCGAGAAACUAACCUAGCUGCGUUUUCGCCAUCGCACGGCACGAGGACGGCGACGAGGACGCCGACGGCGACGGCGACGGCGAGGCGGCGCGAUCUCGGGAGGGAGUGGAGCGGCGAAGUUGACCCGCGCCUUCGGCGAUAAGCAUCACCAUGAACGCCAGGACGCAGCUGUUUGAAUUGAGCAUGGAGGGCCGUCAGGUGGACGAGGCGGUUGCGAGUAUAUUCCACAGCGUGCUAUUCCAUCGGAGCCUCGGCAAAUUCAAGUACAAACAGGAGGGCAGCUACUCGGUGGGCACUGUGGGAUACCAGGACGUGGACUGCGACUUCAUUGACUUCACGUACGUCUGCUGCUCGUCGGUGCACCUCGACCAGACGCUCAAGCGCGAGAUAUCGGGCUUCUCCGAGGCGCUACGCUCCACCGACAGCCCGGGCUCCGGCCAGAUAUCCCUAGAAUUCUUCCAGAGGAAAAAGAGUCGCUGGCCGUUUCAGCCGGAGUGCAUACCUUGGGAAGUGUGGACCGUGCGUCUUGAACUUAUCAAAUUGGCCACCGAGCACGAACGGCAGAUAUGCCGGGAGAAAGUGGGUGAUCUGCUGACCGACAAGAUCCUCUAUAUCACCGAGGUCAUGAAUCGGCACGACUACAUUCCGAAAGUGCCGAGCCAGGCCGAGCUGGAUCUGAUCUUCGACACCUCGUAUCCGGACAUACAGCCGUAUCUCUUCAAAUUGUCCUUCACGACCUCCAGUCCGUCGACCACCACGAUGGGCAACACCAUGAAGAAACUGAUCAGAGAGACGCUAUCUAUUUAGUCGUUAUAAUGUAUAGUGUAAACUUUUCACGUUAGUGCAUUCGUACAGCUUGCUUAGAGUCAUCGAAACGCAAAUCUUACUUUCCCCUUUAAUUUUUUUUCAUCCACGUGGCACAAGUUUCUGCAUUGCACCGAGCGAUUUUUCAGAUUUUCAUAUCCACAGUGACUCUAACUUGCCGUAGGCGUUAUUAUGAGUUCCGAAGAGAAAAUUAAAUUUGCGUUAUAUAAAGAAAGCAGAAGUGGUCCCGAGUCUUCGACCGCUUCGUUCCCGGCGGAAACUACCAAAAGUACUCGGGGUACUUUGCCUACGUGGUGGACUCUCUGCCGGAUUUUAUAAACUCCGUAACAGUAGUGUCUCUAAUAACGAAAAUAAUUCCUCGUAUACAUCGCAGGGACUUCCGCUGCUCUGUGUCUCUAACGUCUCUACAUAGUACAAAUGAACACGACACUGUGACACUUGCUUCUUUUGUACUUUACUAUGAACGUCCGUCGCAUAAUUUUAGCAGGAUCACGUUAGUCACGUUUUAUACGAUAUUUUACCUCUUAACUCUCACAACUUAAAUCUCCACAGGUGACCGCUGUGGCAGAACGCGACAUUAUGUUCCUCUCUCGCUUCUCAUCCUUUUCAAAUGCUGUGUAUAUCGUAGAGUAGACUCGAGCGUAAUUUCCUUUAGUAGAUAAAGAAAUCUUCGCGCGUCAUAGACGGAGAAGAUAACAUGAUUUAGAAUAAGAUUACAGAGAUUUCGGGUCUCUAGCUGAGAAGCAGGAUGUCUCCAGAUUCUUUAAUGUCGUAGUAGAGUCUUUGAGAACACUGAAUCUUAAAAGUACUCGUAACUUACUUACUCCUUGAUAAACUCCUCCGACUACACGACGGCUGUAUUCGGCGCUACUAUACACUCUGUUUUUCAGUCACUAACAUUGAAAGUAUAUAUAGUUAUCCUAAACUCUUUGUCGAUCACAGAACGCUUGGAUUAUUCCGCAUAUGUACAUAUAUAUACAUAUACGGAUAUAUCGGAUAUAUAUUAUAUAUAUAUAAAACGCGUUGCAUUACACACGGUGUGUAUACACGCGCGUUUGCAUACAAAGCCGCUAUUAUUUUCAUCGUAAAUUUAACGCUGAACAUCCGAUCGUGUCCAAUACUGGAUUUAGUAGUACGGACAUUGCGCAGCGAGCGGGUCACAUUUAGCGUUAAAUGUGCGGAAGAGCAGAGUGUUUAUUAUAAUUACAGUGUGUAUGUAUGGAAGCGAUUAUUUAUUUUCACGAGUGAUGAUACGUAACGCUAGGCGUUACGUGUAUGCAGAUUAGCAAAUACAAUUAUUUCCAUAUUGUUCUUCUCUUUCGUUCGAUCUUAAGUUAUAACAAUCAAAUUGUAAAAUAAGUUAAUUAAUCAUUAAGCCAACGCGACGCCCGCAAUAUCGAAGCGCACCGGGUGAUACGAAAGAAACCGCACGAAAAAAAAUCGCCGUCACGAAUACAUUUCUCCCAGACGUUUCGUGCCUUCGUAUCGAAUUUUUGAUAGGGAAAAUUGUGCUAGGAGACUAACAUACCAGAUGAUAGUGUCACUAUUAUUUAUUGAGCUCGAAGCAUCUCAUUCACAUCUCGUAAAAGUGGAAUAGUCUCUCUCUCUCGCGCGCGCGCGCGCGUGCAGAAGACAAAUCUGUGAUCCUUCUCGGAUUCGAGACGGUUUUGUUCUAUUCCUCAUAAAGCGACGAAUGUGUGUGCCGUUAACGUCGUGUCGUUUUAGGAUUUUCAAGCUGACGGUAGGCGUAAAACGGAAGGCGGAUGUUCGGAACGACUCGGUCGGCGGCGACCCGUGCGCGCGAUCAUACUUAUUAUAUUAUACAAUGUGUAAAUAGUGUCUGAGGAAUAUUGCCGUAAAUCAAAUCACGUCGUGCCGAGAGGGUCACCGCGCGUUCCGAGAUCCGCUCCUUGGCCUUACCUAUGACCAAUCAAUAAAAGAAUAUCACGACGCAUUAGUAGCGCACAUACCUUUACGAAUUAACCGUAGACGAGAAGCGUAAUGUUAAUUUAAACGAUUAAUCAUAUAUCGUCCCUACUGCUUUUCUUUCUCCGCCGAUGUUCUCCAGGUAAUUUUAAAAAAUAUGCAAUUGCGACUUAGCUGAAUGUUCUGUGUACUCGAGCGUACGUCGAUUGGGUGUAUCCUACUGGAGUGAGUCUUUUUUUUUCUCCUGUAUCGACUAAAAGGAAAAAAGAAAGGAAAUUACGGUGGUCGUCGACAGCGCGCCGCUCUCUCUCUGCGAUUCCGUGUAGAAAAUCGACCGCAGUCUCUUUCCCUCGCACUAUCUGACUUUUACAAUUAUAUGACGUGAACGAUAUAUUGUAAACGGUAAAAAGGAGUCGCAGUGUGGGAUCCGCGACACGACAUUAUGACAAAGAGAGGCGCACAUACGUGCGCAUAUAUAAAUAUAUAAAUAUGACAUAUUAUAUAGAAAGAAUACAAAGAGAGGGAGAGAAAGAAGGAACGAAAGAGCGAGCGAUUGGCCACGUGUGCAUGUGUAACUAGAGUUCUGCGAGUUUGUCAAAUUGCUACAUGCUGUUAUAAAUAAAUAAAAAAUUAUAAAUAUAUAUAAAUAAUAUAUAUAUAUAUAUAUAAAUAGCAAAAUAGAUAAAACCGAGACCUGUAUAUUAUAAGCUGCGAGACAAAUGUGACAAAAUGUGUAGUGUAUAGCGAGGAAGAUGAAAUAUCUGCAAGUUUUAAUUUAUCAUGAUGAGUACGCUGACGAUAAAUGAUUAAUUAUUAAUAAAUUACUGUAUUUUAUAA